AUGUCAAUCAAACCAGAGAAGCCAAUAUGGAUGUCACAGGAAGAUUAUGACCGUCAGUACGGCUCAAUUACUGGUGGUGAAUCAUCCACCGUCCUAGAAAGCGACUCCAAAAUUACUGCCAAUGCGCCUACUGAUGGUAAUGGAUCAUCGCCGAUUUUGCAAAUCAGCUCUGCCCUUACUCCUAAGGCGUCAGCUUCACCCAUUGAAACGGAGCCUGGGUUUAAAAUUCAAAAGAGAAGGCAUGAAAGGUAUGAUCAAGAGGAAAGAUUACGUAAACAGCGUGCUCAAAAGUUAAGAGAAGAGCAAUUAAAAAGACAUGAGAUAGAAAUGACCGCAAAUAGAUCCAUAAAUGUUGACCAGAUUGUCCGAGAGCACUAUAAUGAACGUACAAUAAUCGCCAAUCGGGCUAGGAGGAAUCUAUCACCUAUUAUUAAACUUCGUAAUUUCAACAAUGCAAUCAAGUAUAUGCUAAUCGACAAAUACACGAAGCCUGGAGACGUUGUUUUAGAACUCGGAUGUGGAAAAGGCGGUGAUUUAAGAAAAUAUGGCGCGGCAGGUAUUUCACAGUUUAUUGGUAUUGAUAUUUCCAAUGCAUCUAUCCAAGAAGCUCAUAAGAGAUACCGGUCCAUGAGAAAUCUAGACUACCAAGUUGUCCUAAUUACUGGUGAUUGCUUUGGUGAAUCAUUAGGCGUUGCAGUAGAGCCCUUUCCAGACUGUAGAUUUCCGUGUGAUAUCGUUUCGACGCAAUUUUGUUUGCAUUAUGCCUUUGAGACUGAAGAAAAGGCAAGAAGAGCUUUACUAAAUGUGGCCAAAUCACUCAAAAUUGGUGGCCACUUUUUUGGCACUAUCCCUGAUUCCGAAUUUAUCCGUUAUAAACUGAAUAAAUUCCCCAAAGAUGUGGAAAAACCAUCUUGGGGAAACUCCAUUUAUAAAGUGACAUUUGAGAAUAAUACAUACCAAAAGAAUGAUUAUGAGUUCACAUCUCCUUAUGGCCAAAUGUAUACUUAUUGGCUAGAAGAUGCUAUAGAUAAUGUCCCUGAGUACGUUGUUCCUUUCGAAACCCUAAGAAGUUUGGCUGAUGAAUACGGUUUGGAAUUAGUAUCGCAAAUGCCUUUCAAUAAAUUUUUCGUCCAGGAAAUUCCCAAAUGGAUGGAGAGGUUUUCGCCUAAAAUGAGGGAAGGAUUACAAAGAUCUGAUGGUAGAUAUGGUGUUGAAGGAGAUGAGAAGGAAGCUGCUUCGUAUUUCUACACCAUGUUUGCAUUCCGCAAAGUAAGACAGUAUAUCGAACCUGAAAGCGAAAAACCCAACUAA